AUGCGAACCGUGCCCAAGUCGAUACCGCACCCGGACUGGUCUGUGACUGGCAUCCCAAAGGCUGAACGACGCUUGAAUAGGUCAAAAAUCGACUUGCUAGACGCCAAAGGACAGGAAGCAAUGCGCAAGGUUUGUAGAUUAGCUCGAGAAGUACUUGAUAUACUCGCCGCAGAGCUCAAGCCAGGCAUUACCACGGAUUAUCUCGACGAGGUCUGCCACAACGCCUGUGUAGAACGGAAAUCGUAUCCUUCUCCCUUGAACUACAAUCACUUCCCUAAAUCAUUGUGUACUUCUCCGAAUGAAGUUGUUUGUCACGGAAUACCCGAUCAGCGGAUCCUUCUGGAUGGUGAUAUCCUAAAUCUCGACAUCUCACUAUACCACGAGGGCUAUCACGCCGAUCUAAACGAAACGUAUUAUGUAGGGGAUCGAGCCAAGACGGACCCCGACUCGGUCAGAGUAGUGGAGACGACUCGGGAAUGCUUAGACAUGGCAAUUGCACUCGUCAAGCCCGGUACACCAAUACGAGAUUUUGGUGCCGUCAUCGAGAAGCAUGCCAAAUCCAGAAACUGCACUGUAGUCGCGACCUGGGGUGGCCAUGGCAUCAACACCGAGUUCCACCCCCCGCCGUGGAUACCUCACUAUGCUAAGAAUAAGGCAGUUGGGGUGUGCAAACCCGGAAUGACCUUUACCAUUGAGCCCAUACUCGCGCUGGGCAAAUCUCGGGAAGUGUACUGGCCAGAUAACUGGACAAACGUCACUGUGGAUGGUAAACGGACUGCUCAAUUUGAGCACACCUUGUUGGUCACUGAAACAGGCGUCGAGGUCUUGACCGCAAGAAAAGAAAAUUCUCCAGGCGGCCCAAUACCAAUGCCGGCGACUCCAAACGACACAGCAAAGACCAAUGGCGCAACCCACGCAUAG